AUGUCUGGAAUGCCGACCAGUUCCGAGCUGAUCAAGUACUGCACUUGCGAGCCAUGCUCAUACGGCCUGAAGCGACAAUGCGAGAUGAACCGCAUGCUCUUUGAGCACCAACAGAUAGUUGGAACAAUCUUGGCAAAUGGAAGCCAGAAAAUGAUUACCAUCGGAUUUGCAGUGCAUCGACAAAGACAGUACGUUACCUGCCAUGCUAGCCUUCUCUGCUACUGGUCCCCCGUCAUCAAGAGUGCCAUUGAACAAGCUAGAGGCCCCGUCAAUGCUAUCUGGCUCUCCUUUGGCGAGACUGGCCGCCGCGCCAUCAUGCUCUGGAAGCAGAUAAUCCAGUGGUGCUAUGUCGGACGACUGAUGGACCCGUCGGACCUGAGCGACGCCACCAUCGGCUAUAACAGCGAUAUCGAGGCCCUCUGGAACGCAGCUGUCACUCUCGACAUGCACGAGCUGGCCAACUACUGCCUCCGCCUCAUCGUCAUCAAGUACACCUGGGGUCUCGCCGUCCGAUCGGACACCCGAUUCGAGUUCCACCCCCGCGACUGCCCCUUCGACGCGGCCGGCCUCUACGAGAUCUUCGGGAACAACCAGCGCGGCUCCAAGCUCCGCACCCUGCUGCACUUCGCCGAGGACCUGCUGAAGACCCGCGGUCCCUUGACCCCGGGCGCCGUGAGCCACGUGAGCCCCGCAGCCCUGCAGAAGUGGACGGACCUGAUGAACCGCGACGAGGCGUUCUGCCAGUGGGUCGAGAAUCUCGGCGGCCUGGAGCACGAGAACCAGAACCAGAACCAGAACAACAACAACAACCAGCAGCAUCAGCAGCAUCAGCAGCAGCGCGCUACCGUCCUGCCCACCCACUUCAACCAGUGGGCCAAGUACGAGGUGCCCGUCGUCCGCAAGCACCCGGCCAACGUGCAGGACUGGGUCGACGAGAACAAGGAGCUCCUGCGCAAGCCGGGCUCGCCCAAGACGCUCCUCGGCAUCUGGCAGGUGGAGGGGCGCGGCGAGAGCGCGACCGACUACUGGGAUUUCCUCGCCGUUCGCUUGGCGGCGCCUAUGUCGCAGGAGGCGUAG